GCAGUGGCGCGAAAACUCUACAGUGUGUGGUUUGACGGCAGCAGAGUACAUACGGUACCAAACUCUGUGCAACCCUUCAAGAUUUUUACAGUAUAAUAAAUAAUCGCUUAUAAUGGCAACCGACGUCGUAGACGACCGUGAGAUGAGGGAGGCUCAGAGGGAUUACCUGGACUUCCUGGACGACGAUCAAGACCAGGGGAUCUACCAAAGCAAAGUCCGGGACAUGAUCGGUGAAAAUAAAGCUCGACUCAUCGUCAACAUCAACGACCUGAGGAGACGCAACGAGGCCCGGGCUGCAAAACUGAUGAGCAAUGCCUUUGAGGAGCUGCUGGCAUUCCAGCGAGCUCUGAAGGAUCUGGUGGCCUCAGUGGACGCCACCUACGCCAAGCAGUAUGAGGAGUUCUUCAUCGGUCUGGAGGGCAGCUUUGGCAACAAACACGUCACCCCCCGGACCCUGACCUCCCGUCUGCUGGGCAGCAUGGUGUGUGUGGAGGGCAUCAUCACCAAGUGUUCUCUGGUGCGUCCGAAAGUAGUGCGCAGUGUCCACUACUGCCCAGCCACCAAGAAGACAAUGGAAAGGAAGUACACUGACAUGACCUCGCUGGACGCCUUCCCCUCCAGUGCUAUCUACCCCACCAAGGAUGAGGAGAACAACCCUCUGGAGACAGAGUUUGGUCUCUCCAUCUACAAGGACCACCAGACCAUCACAGUGCAGGAGAUGCCUGAGAAAGCCCCCGCUGGCCAGCUGCCCCGCUCUGUGGACAUCAUCCUGGACAACGACCUGGUGGACAUGGUCAAACCAGGAGACAGAGUGCAGGUCAUCGGAACAUAUCGCUGCCUGCCUGGCAAGAAGGGUGGAUUCACCUCUGGCACAUUCAGGACCAUCAUGAUAGCCUGCCACGUCAAACAGAUGAGCAAGGAAGUGUCCCCCCUCUUCUCCGCAGAUGAUAUAGCCAAAAUCAGGAAGUUCAGCCAGACUCGCUCCAUAGAUGUGUUUGAUCAGCUGGCUCGCUCCCUGGCUCCCAGCAUCCAUGGCCACGAGUACAUAAAGAAGGCCAUCCUUUGCAUGUUGCUGGGCGGUGUGGAGAAGGUGCUGGAGAAUGGAUCGCGCAUCAGAGGAGACAUCAACAUCCUGCUCAUCGGGGAUCCAUCGGUAGCAAAGUCCCAGCUGCUGCGUUAUGUACUUCACACAGCACCCAGGGCCAUCCCGACCACUGGCCGCGGCUCCUCUGGUGUGGGUCUGACUGCUGCGGUCACCACUGACCAGGAGACUGGUGAGCGUCGUCUGGAGGCAGGUGCCAUGGUGCUGGCUGAUCGAGGUGUGGUGUGCAUCGAUGAGUUCGACAAAAUGUCCGACAUGGACCGCACGGCCAUCCACGAGGUGAUGGAGCAGGGCCGCGUCACCAUCGCCAAGGCUGGCAUCCAUGCCCGCCUCAACGCCCGCUGCUCUGUGCUGGCAGCUGCCAACCCUGUCUACGGCAGGUACGACCAGUAUAAAACCCCCAUGGAGAACAUUGGCCUCCAGGACUCCCUGCUGUCCCGUUUCGACCUCCUGUUCAUCAUGCUGGAUCAGAUGGACCCCGAGCAGGACCGCGAGAUCUCAGAUCACGUGCUGAGGAUGCACCGCUACCGCGACCCCCGUGAGCAGGAGGGAGCAGCCAUGGCUCUGGGCGGGACAGUAGACGUCUUGGCUACAGAAGACCCAGACGCAAUCGCAGAGGAGCACGAGGAGCUGCAGAUCUAUGAGAAACACAACAACCUGCUGCAUGGGAGCAAGAAAAAGAAGGAUAAGAUUGUAAGUAAGGAGUUCAUGAGGAAGUACAUCCACAUUGCCAAGGCUGUGACACCUGUGCUAACAGAGGAGGCAGCCAAUCACAUCGCAGAGGAGUACUCGAGGCUGAGGGGACAAGAGCAGAUGGGUGCUGAUAUCGCCAGGACCUCUCCAGUGACCGCCCGUACGCUGGAGACUCUGAUCCGUCUGUCCACAGCACACGCCAAGGCUCGAAUGAGUAAAGCCGUGGAGCUGGAGGACUCAGAGGUGGCUGUGGAGCUCGUCCAGUUUGCUUACUUUAAAAAGGUACUGGAGAAAGAGAAGAAACGGUCGAGACAGGAACGGGACUCUGGUUCAGAAGAGGAAGAGGACGAGGAGUCCACUCAGCAUUCACAGAGAGCUACAAGGAAGAGGGGGCGCCGUGGCUCUCAGGGCAGUGAGCCCUACAGCCCAUAUGACUUCAGUGAAGAGCAGGAUGUCCCUGACAUUCAGGCCCGCUCCCCGAAACCAGCCAAGGCACAGCGGGUGGAGGAGCCCAUGGACGCCACAUCACAAGCGGAAGACGCUGAACUCUCUGCAGAGAGGCUGAAGGAGUUCAAGUCCUCCCUGUUCUCAGUGUUCCAGUCUGCUCACGCUCAGUCCGUGAAGAUGAAGGCGCUGAUGGAAGACAUCAACAAGGAGCGUCAGAGUCGCUUCACAGAGCCCGAGGUUCGUGCAGCUUUGGCUCGCAUGCAGGAUGACAACCAGGUCAUGGUGGCUGAUGACAUCAUCUUCCUCAUCUGAGGGAAGGGGGGAAAUUGGUUAAAUGGACUUUGAAAGAAACAGUGAUUUAUAUUCAAAUGUACAUUCAUUUUUUCAUCCAAUACUGGACACUUUGUAUGCAUGCAGCCUCUGUUUUCUUGUUCUUUCAAAAUGCAGUCUCAUGCUGAACACAUUUAAAAAUCAGUCAGACACCUGACCGCCAAUCUGCAACUCAAAACACAAAGCACCAAUCAUUCUGAGAUGGGUUGGAUCCACUGUGCUGCAUGUAGCAAUGGCACCUGCUGUGUAUUAGUACACCAUUAUAAGCACAGUAUUAUCUGGAUUUGUAUAUAGUUGAAGAGACGUUUCAAAACUGUUCAUUAACUGUAGUUGUGUAUUAAAAAAAAUAAAAUGUAAUGCUUUGGAAAUGACUUUAGUUCUUAAAUCAAUUGACAGUACUACAUUACAGCAUGCUUCAUACCUUUUUCAGGCUUAUUUAUUCCAACUGUUAGAUACAUAUGGGGUGAUGGACAUGGAUGGAGCCUUCUCUCCAUACUUUGCACUCAUUUCCUCUCCAUUUGUGCACGUUUUCUAAAAGAUUAUCUGCACCAUACCCAUGGCAUAAGCUCUGCAUAGACAUGUACCCUACACCAAAAACAAUUUCCCACCACUGAGUUGAUAAAGUCCUUAAAUCAGACUUUCCUAAAGUUGUAAAUAUUAUUCAUAGUAUACAUCCUACAAAAAUCACUGCAUGCCUUAUGCUGGUAAAUUUGUGCUGUCAUCUCCCAAUUUUGGCAGUCAACCAACCCUGGCUGCAUUUUAUGUUGUGUGAUACAAUUUCCUGGAAAAAUGGUUUGAGAUGCUGGGAAACUUUGUGAGCUCUUCUGAUUAAACAUCUUCCUGCCU